GCUGCUCUUCACAUGAAUGCACUCAUCUCCUAAAGACCAGACUGCAAACAUGCUCUGGAAACUAGUAGAAAAUGUCAAAUACGAGGACAUCUACGAGGACCGGCAUGAUGGAGUUAACAGUCACAGUUCGAGGCUGUCCCAACUCGGGUCGGUCUCUCAGGGACACUACUCCACGGCUCCACCGCUCUCACACACCCCAACCUCGGAUUUCCAGCCACCCUACUUCCCUCCUCCUUACCAGCCUCUCCCUUACCACCAGAGCCAGGAUCCGUAUUCCCACGUCAACGAUCCCUAUUCCCUGAACGCCCUGCAUCAGCCACAGCAGCAUCCCUGGCAGCAGAGGCAGCGGCAGGACGUGGGAGCCGAAGCCAGCCUCCUGCACCAGCCCCGGGCUCUGCCCCAGCUCACUGGGCUCGACCCUCGCCGGGAUUACCCCAGCGUGCGGCGGCCAGACGUGCUCAUCCACUCCGCUCAUGGACUGGAUUCGGGGAUGGGGGACAGCUUGUCCCUGCAUGGCAUCAACCACCCAGGAAUGGAGGACGUGCAGAUCCCUUCAGAAAAUAAACGACUCUGGUCAUUUUGGAAGCAAAUUGGAGCAUGUCAGGAUUGUGCAGCUGAAGGACACCACAAAGCUGAGGUUGAUAUCGCCAGGAAUGCCAGUCCAAAGGGAAAGUUUGAGUUGCAUUAUUUAAGCGCUAUGGAUGAAACGAAUACCAGUGGCAUGAGCUUAUUGGACCAGUCUGUCAUUAAAAAGGUUCCGGUUCCUCACAAGUCGGUCACGUCUCUGAUGCUCAAUAAGGACAAUCUGCUCGGCGGAGUUGCUAAUGUUAACGAGGUGUUCUGCUCGGUGCCUGGGCGACUCUCACUGCUCAGCUCCACAUCCAAGUACAAGGUGACGGUGGGAGAAGUUCAGCGGCGGCUGUCCCCACCGGAAUGUUUGAAUGCGUCCCUGCUGGGGGGAGUGCUCAGAAGGGCUAAAUCGAAAAAUGGUGGCAGAUCAUUGAGAGAAAAAUUGGAGAAGAUCGGUUUAAACUUACCCGCGGGCAGACGCAAAGCUGCGAACGUCACUUUACUAACUUCACUGGUGGAAGGUGAAGCCGUGCAUUUAGCCCGAGAUUUUGGGUAUAUCUGUGAGACGGAAUUCCCCGCCAAAGCUGCUGCUGACUACCUGAACAGACAGCACACAGACCCCAGCGAGCUGCACUCCCGAAAGAAUAUGAUCCUGGCCACAAAGCAACUUUGCAAAGAAUUCACAGAUCUGCUGGCACAGGAUAGGUCUCCUUUGGGAAACACCAGGCCCAACCCCAUCCUAGAUCCAGGCAUCCAAAGCUGUUUGACUCACUUUAGCCUCAUUACACAUGGCUUUGGCUCUCCUGCUAUUUGUGCUGCACUCACAGCUGUCCAGAACUACCUGACGGAAGCAUUAAAAGGACUGGACAAGAUGUUCUUAAACAACAACCCAAAUAGACAUACAUCUGGAGGGGAAGCAGGCAACAAAACUGGAGACAAGGAGGAAAAGAACAGGAAAUGAGAAAAUUCCUCCAAACUUUUUAUUUUCUGUAGCUUUAUAAAAAAAAUCUUCUAUUGACUUGGAAAAGACAACAAUGCACACACAAUGGAGCAACACUGGGUCAACUGUUUGUAGCCAAUAUGGAACUGGAUGCAAGGCAUCAAGAUCUUUUUUCUUGGUAUACUUCCAAUUUUGUGAAUGUUUUGACUUCCAUUUUAUGUCAGAAUAACAGGUGAAUCCACGACCCACUUGUGUGACUGUCAUUUUUUUAAUAUAAUAUCAAAUUCUUUUGGUCCCACUUUCAUUCCAGUUCUGAUUUCUGUGCACAUUUUUGCAUGUUUUGAGGAUGGAAGCAUUCCAGCAAAAAAAAGAACAGCAACCAGGUACUAUUAAUAUAUAAAAGCUUGUUGUCAGUGAAGAGACCCGUAGAGGGAGAUUUAUUUGUCAGUUUUAAUGCAGAGCCUACAAAAAGACACUACCCAACAUCUGAAGGUUUGUGUAAAGGUUUCAGUAUAUGAUGGAGAUGUUGGCUUUCAUGGAUUUAUCAUCGUCCAUCCUAGAGAAUUCUGCACAAUUGAAGAUGGGCUCCCAUUUUACUCCUGAUAGCUCUAACCCCAGUCACACCCUUUCCUUUGUCAUGAGCUAUGCUAUACUCUAAUCAGAUAUUGAUACACUUAUUCAACCAAAGUAAUCAUCAGCCUCCAUUACAGUUUCAGAUCAAAUUCAAGGUGUGGACAACAAUGUCAAAUAACUGUGAAAAGCAGAUUGAGCACUGGCCU